GUCGCCGCCGCCGAGCCCAGCGCGCUGUGCCUGCGCGGCCCCCGCCCGCCGCACCGAGCCUGCGGGCCCCGGCGGAGCGAUGCUGCUGCUGGCGGCCGCCUUCCUCGUGGCCUUCGUGCUGCUGCUGUACAUGGUGUCUCCGCUCAUCAGCCCCAAGCCCCUCGCCCUGCCCGGGGCGCAUGUGGUGGUAACAGGAGGUUCCAGCGGCAUUGGGAAGUGCAUUGCUAUCGAGUGCUAUAAACAAGGAGCAUUUAUAACUCUGGUUGCACGAAAUGAGGACAAGCUGCUGCAGGCAAAGAAAGAAAUUGAAAAGCACUCUAUUAAUGAUAAACAGGUGGUGCUUUGUAUAUCAGUUGAUAUCUCUCAAGACUAUAAACAAGUAGAGAAUGUCAUAAAACAAGCACAGGAGAAACUGGGUCCAGUGGACAUGCUCAUAAACUGUGCAGGAAUGUCACUGUCAGGAAAAUUUGAAGAUCUUGAAGUUAGUACUUUUGAAAAAUUAAUGAGCAUCAAUUACCUGGGCAGCGUGUACCCCAGCCGAGCGGUGAUCACCACCAUGAAGGAGCGCCGGGUGGGCAGGAUCGUCUUUGUGUCCUCUCAGGCGGGACAGUUGGGUUUGUUCGGGUUCACGGCCUACUCACCAUCUAAGUUUGCUCUAAGGGGAUUGGCCGAAGCUUUGCAGAUGGAGGUGAAGCCGUACAAUGUGUAUGUCACAGUUGCCUACCCGCCAGACACAGACACGCCUGGGUUUGCCAAAGAAAAUGAAACAAAGCCUUUGGAGACUCGACUUAUUUCAGAGACCACAUCUGUUUGCAAACCAGAGCAGGUGGCCAAACAAAUUGUUAAAGAUGCCAUACAAGGAAAUUUUAACAGUUCCAUUGGCUCAGAUGGGUACAUGCUCUCGGCCCUGACCUGUGGGAUGGCUCCCGUGACUUCCAUUACUGAAGGGCUCCAGCAGGUGGUCACCAUGGGUCUUUUCCGCAUUAUUGCUUUGUUUUACCUUGGAAGUUUCGAUAGCAUAGUUCGUCGCGGCAUGAUGCAGAGAACAGAAUCUGAAACUGCGGACAAAACUGACUGAUUCUUAUCCCUUGGAAAAAGACUGUUUCCAAAUAAUUUGAACAGCUUGCUGCUAAAUGGGACCCAGUUUUUGGCCUGGAGACAUACUUAUGUUUUGUUUGUUUUCAAAUAUGUGAGAUUGGACCAGUGCUCUUCAGAAAUCUGUCUAAAAGCAAGGGGAUAGAAGUUCAACUCCAGACAAUAUUAAUAAUACUAUGCAAAUAUGGAAUAGGAGACCAAUAGGGCUCGGAAGUGGAGAAGUGAUGGUAUGAGAACUAAUAGCAUGUGAACAGGGUAAGAACAGAAUUCCAGAACAAUAAUUUAAACUUUUUUUCUAUUUAUUCUUUUUUUCCCCCUAUAUAGAUAAAGUUCCAGAAAUGUACUUUAUGGCACAUAAGAAGUCUUGAGGAAUUUUUUUUUUAACCUUCCAUGAAAGGCAGUUUAUGGGUUUCUGGGGCUUUUCUUCUUUUCUUUUUAGCUUGGUGUAUUUUAUUCAAGAUGAGUUUCGCACAUUGCCAGGGAGUCUGAAUGUCGCUAACACCUCUGUGUUGUACUCAGGACUCACUCUGCUGCUGGUAGAAACUGGCUUCUCUCUCUUUGAUCCCGUAAAGCUACACGGGAGAUGGGAGAGGGCAAGGCUGCAGAAGGUAAGGAGAUACAUAUUUUCCAGUAGGAAAAACAAUGCUCUUUCUUGUCUUCUUCAGACUUGAACACUUAUGGAACUUUUCAUUUUUUGUUCAUGGGGAAAGGCAAACUCCUUAUGUUUUCUGAAGGUAAAUAAAAUCUUAGAAGCUUAAAAGUUUACAAUUUCUUUUAAAUAGCCAUGAUAACCCAAAGUUCACCUGUUCCAUGUUAGUGUCUACUUAUUCUUCCCAUCUCUUCCUUUGCAAUUCUGUGUAUACUGCUGUAAUAUUUUUGUAAAAAAGAAAGAAAAGAAAAAAAAUACCAGCUAAAUUUUUUUGGCUUGACUUUUAAAAUUAAUUCAUGAAUUUGUUAAAACAGAGAAAAAAAAUUAAAAAUGUGACAUUCUUCUCCUUGUAGCAUAUAUGUAGCUUUUAGGAAAGGAUGAUGACCAUAUAUUUAAAUUUUACUCAUUAAGAACAAAUAGACAAGGAUGAUUUUGAAGAUACUUGGUUUUGAAAUGAAAUGCUCCCCUUUUCUUUCUAUGACUCUCCCACUGACCAUGAGAACAUCAUCCUUAUACCAUGUGUUAACAAAGCCCAUUCAUCCCUCUCUACAGCCCUGGAAAUCUUCUUGGCUCCAUGAAUGUUGUUUCCAGGUUACAGGAUCUAUUGUUCAUUUAGUGGAUUUCUACAGCAAGUGCCUAUGACAAGGUUUAGCCAACACUCCCUGUUCCAUCCUGUUCAUUGUACAGGCUCCUCUGACUUAAAGAUAGUUUCCUUCACCUUGAUGUUGUGUCCUGUCCUCCUUGCCUAUACUUGAAUAGUAGCGCAUUCAGUUCACUUUGGUGAGAAAAGACCUCUGCUUUUGAAGAAGAAACUUUUUUAAUGUUUAAAAAAAAUAAAAACUACGAAAGAUUGACGACCUAAAAAUUAGAGCAAACCUUUCUUGCUCUUGAGUUUUUAAAGUUCAUUUUUAAAUAAUAAGAUGUUUAAUGACUUUAAUCCGUAGUAUCUUUUUAUCAAGAUCUGAGAAUGACAUAUUUUAAACACUGGUAAAUAUAGAAGAAAUAAUUAUUUAAUAUAUAAAUUGCUUAGAAUGACUUCAUUACAAUUUUCAUGGUGGAUUGAUGCCAAAUGGUUUCAAAAGUUUUUCAGUCUUAUAUAGCCAAAGUUUGCAAGCUGUGUUGAGUCACAUUGGGCAGCUACCAAAAUGGAAUAAUGGCUGUAUUUUCCUAAUUUGCAGAAAACAAUUCCAUUAAUAUCUGAACGUUUCUCAAUUUUCUUUUCUCAUAAAUGUCCCUUGAGUGUUGGCACCUUCUACUGCUGGUCUGUAUUAAAAUAUAGUCCAAGAUGGUGUCUGAUUUAAUGAAAUUAACUAUUUAACAAUAAUUAUUUCAAUAUACAUUUUUAAGAAUUAUCCUCAUAGACAGUACUGUCAUCUCCAGGUAAUCUACUGUCUGAACAAAUUUAAGAGCCCUCGUUCUGUGGUGGGAGAUAUUGUCCCUAACACAGUUUAAGCUCAGGCAGGAGAACAGACUUGUAGAGAUCACAGUGUCAGGAAUCAGCUUCUUUGUCAGGGAUGUUAAAGGUCCACAGUCCCUUACGUAAAAAGCUUUGAAAACUAUGUUUGUUUUUCUAAAUUUGAUGCCAUAUUCAUUUAAUAGCCAAACCUGACUUGAACUGAUGUGAAAUGAUUGUAGUUUUUAUUUAUAUCUUUCCUCCUGACUCUUCAUUACUUUCCACCUGAAGAAAUAUCAGUGGGUUUGAUUAUAGGCAUUGCCCCAGACUCCAUGGAGGUAUUUUGUAAUAUCCAAUAAAUGGCCCCAUAUUACCUUCUUAAAUCCAAAAACUUAGGAAUUCUGUAACACAUCUGGCCUGAAGGGUUUUGGGUAAGGGAUUGUAGACAUUUAAGCAGCAUCAUACAAUGGUCUGACUUCAUCCAAAACAUGAAAAUAUUACAAGGUACGUUCUGUUGUUUUAAAAUCUUUUUUGGUUCAAUUCUUGUACAACUUGUUUUUCUGCUCAGGGGAAGAAAAAAAGAAAAAAAACCCUGAGUCUAAUUGUUAAAGGAAACUAUCAACCCUUUGUUUUUUAAGGAUCACAUUGAUUCAACACUUACUGUACCCAAAAGGCGGUAAAUCUUACCUAUGGCUGUAGAAGUUUAAUUAUAAUUCUGUUAAAAUGUAGGCUCUCUGUAUAUGACCAACAACAGCUUAUUAUAUGAAUUUCAGUUCUGAAGUGUCUGCUCUUUGUUUUAGUUGUACUAUUUUAUUAUAAGGUAUUUGUGAGUAUAUUUAUUUGAAAAUUAACGUCAUUCAGCCAUAGAAAUUCCAAAAUAUGUUCAAGGACCCUUCAUAACUGAAAAAUGUAUAGAAAACAAUCCUCAUUGCUUUUACAAAAACAAAGUCAUGGAAUUGUUCUUUUGAAUAUAUUUUUAAAUUUAAUUUGCAUAGUUGAAAAGAAGAAAAUUUUAAAUGCAAUUAUGGUCUCUUUACAUUAAUACAUAUAUUUAGUUAUAAAUCUUUAUCUGGAUCUGUUAAACCAUGUAUUACUGAUAUUUGCAAGUGAAACUUUGAGAGACUGUUUCUAAUAUUUAGGUGAUAAAAGCAUUUUGGUAAUAGUUGCUUUAAUUCAAAGAAUUGUAUGUCUUUGUCUUACCAGAAGAAGGUAAUACCAUAACUUUUUUUGCUGAAUUAUAUCAACAGAUUUAAUUUUAUUGCAUUAUGUUCUAAUUUAAACAUGUAUUACUCACUUGAGGCCACUUUUAAAUAUUCAUACUUUUUGACAUGAAAUGCUUUGUAUCUUUCUCAUUUCCUUUAGUUCUUAGUAAUUCAGCUUUAAAAAGUACCUGCUAACCAUAACCUUCCAUAUUCUGAACUAAAUUUCACUGUUCAGAUUACAGUUCAGUUCAGUGACUGAAUUUGAAAUUUGGAAGAGGAGAUAGUAGUUAUUAUAUUUUACACUUCCUUGAUGUGACAAUUCUAAAGACAUUUUUAAAUUGAUAAAAGUGCACAUGGCUAUUUUGAUACCUAUUAGAACUUGUGUUUGCUACUUUAGAAGCUUUUGUGGCAGAACUGUAACUCAAUUUUCCUACCUUGUAUUUCUGAAUCACAACAAAAAAUAAAUGGGGAACGAGCUUUAUGAUUUGAAAACUUAUUUUUCCGGAAAUUUGUAUUUUUUAAGGGACCACUUAAGCAAAGCACAAACGUCUAUACUGUUAUCUUGACUUUGCAUCCUAAGCAUUUCACAAGGCCUGAUUUUUAUUAUUUUUUAGAAAGUAAUAUUUUCAGAGUAAAUACUUGCCUUGGUAUUCUGAGCUGUUGUUUCAAAUAUGUUCUGUUUGUUCGACUCUGAUAUGGAUAUAUGAGUAAAAGUUUAACAAAUGUGGAAUUUAGUAAAAUUUCUUAAGUAAUUAUGUUUUGUAUACAAAUAAAUAGAUUUUCCAUACUUUAAAUUAAACCUUCAUAUUCCAACAAUGAAGUAUCUCCUAGGUUCUGAAUGGCAGCAAAUUAUACAAGACUGACAUGUAAAAGAACAUUUAUUAGUUCUUUUGAGGGGGGGGAGCAGCUGGCCUGGUGUGGCGAACCCUUGACCUUGGUGUUACCAACACCACGCCCUAAACAAGUGAGUUAACUGGCCAGCCCUCUUAGUUCCUAAAUAUAAAAAUUUUGACCACACUGAGAAGAGAAUUCUUGGGCAUCUUGGUUUGCAAGCUUUUAUUUUAAAAAAUUGAGCAAUUUAUAUAUGUAAGUGGCAUGUGAUAGCACUUCUAUAAUUUUUAUGUUUGGACAUUAAAAAGAAAAAAAUUA